UCGCGAGGCGCCCUUCGACCAGCAGCGCCCGGGGCGGGAGGGUAUAAAUGGAGCGGUGGCUGCUCCAGCCGCCUCUCUCCGCCCCGGGUCGCAGCCGUCAGUGUUGCGUUUGGGCUCAGCAAGCCUGAAGCAGAAAAAAGAAAAAGCCUAAAAAAAUUACAAAAGCCUCAAAAACCUUAAAAAAAAAGAAAAGAGAAGAAAAGAAGAGGGAAAAAAAAAGCAAAAGGGAAAAAAGAAGAAAAAGAACCAGACAGCGACUUGUGCCGGGAGCCCGCGGGGAAGUGACUUUCACAGCUUCCGGCCUGUCUGUCCGUCGGCGUCUGUCUGUCCGUCCGGUGGUGAGCCAUCCCCCUCGGCCUGGCCCGCCCCUGCACGCCUCCGCGCCGCGUGGCAGCCCCGCGCCCCGGCUGGCCGCACCACGUGUCCGCGCUGCCCUUCGCCGGCACCCGCAAAGAUUUGGUUUCCCCCUUCCCGGGCUGCUGUAACUGUAAACCGCCGGGAACCCGGGGCCUAUAUUUAUCGCGAAACGCGUGUUCCCAAGGCGGCCGUGAGCGCAGCAUCUGAUUGCCUCUUGAAAAAUUUUUGCCCCCUUUACGAGGGGAUUUCCUACUUUAAUUUUUAUUUUUUAAGCCUCAAGCCAGGACAGCUGGAGAGUACAAACUCCAGGAGCGGGCCAUAUUGGUUUUGAGAGCCUUUUGUCUUGGGGCUUUUGCAGUCCCGUGCAAGUCGUCCCGCACUCGGGUCCCGGCUCGGAGCCUCCCUGCUCCAGCCUUCCCGGGCGUCGCUGGUGCCACCUGUGCGCUGCGGCGCGUGCCACAGCUCCUCGGAGCCCCUUUUGUCCUGCAGUAGGCCUUGUUAGAAGUCCUCCUGGCGGGGCUCGGGGUCGUGGGGGGUGGGGAGAUGAUCGCUGCAGCCAGCAGCUACCCCAUGGCCUCCUUAUACGUGGGCGAUUUGCACUCGGACGUCACCGAAGCCAUNCUGUAUGAAAAGUUCAGCCCUGNGGGGCCUGUGCUGUCCAUCCGGGUCUGUCGCGAUAUGAUCACCCGGCGCUCUCUGGGUUAUGCCUACGUCAACUUCCAGCAGCCAGCUGACGCUGAGAGAGCCUUGGACACCAUGAACUUCGACGUGAUAAAAGGAAAGCCCAUCCGCAUCAUGUGGUCGCAGAGGGAUCCCUCUUUGAGAAAGUCUGGGGUGGGAAAUGUCUUCAUCAAGAACCUGGACAAAUCCAUAGACAACAAGGCACUGUAUGACACUUUCUCUGCCUUUGGAAACAUCUUGUCCUGUAAGGUGGUCUGUGAUGAGAACGGCUCUAAGGGCUAUGCUUUUGUUCACUUCGAGACCCAAGAGGCCGCCGACAAGGCCAUCGAGAAGAUGAAUGGCAUGCUUCUCAAUGACCGUAAAGUGUUUGUGGGUAGAUUCAAGUCUCGCAAAGAGCGGGAAGCGGAGCUUGGAGCCAAGGCCAAGGAAUUCACCAAUGUUUAUAUCAAAAACUUUGGAGAAGAGGUGGAUGAUGGGAAUCUGAAAGAGCUCUUCAGCCAGUUUGGUAAGACCCUAAGUGUCAAGGUGAUGAGAGACUCCAGUGGGAAGUCCAAAGGCUUUGGCUUUGUAAGUUACGAGAAACACGAGGAUGCCAAUAAGGCUGUGGAAGAAAUGAAUGGAAAAGAAAUGAGCGGGAAAGCCAUAUUUGUAGGCCGUGCACAGAAAAAGGUAGAAAGGCAGGCUGAGCUCAAGCGGAAGUUUGAGCAGCUGAAGCAGGAGAGGAUUAGCCGGUACCAGGGGGUGAAUCUCUACAUUAAGAACUUGGAUGACACCAUUGAUGAUGAGAAAUUAAGGAAAGAGUUCUCUCCCUUUGGAUCAAUCACCAGUGCAAAGGUGAUGUUAGAAGAUGGGAGAAGCAAAGGGUUUGGCUUUGUCUGUUUCUCCUCUCCUGAAGAGGCGACCAAAGCUGUCACCGAGAUGAAUGGACGCAUUGUGGGCUCCAAGCCUCUGUACGUCGCCCUGGCCCAGAGGAAGGAAGAGCGGAAGGCUCACCUGACUAACCAGUACAUGCAGCGUGUAGCGGGGAUGAGAGCACUCCCCGCCAGUGCCAUCUUAAAUCAGUUCCAGCCUGCAGCUGGUGGCUACUUUGUGCCCGCAGUUCCGCAGGCUCAGGGAAGACCCCCAUAUUACACGCCUAACCAGUUAGCACAGAUGAGGCCUAAUCCACGCUGGCAGCAAGGCGGGAGACCUCAAGGCUUCCAAGGAAUGCCAAGUGCCCUGCGGCAGUCUGGGCCUCGUCCAGCUCUUCGACAUCUGGCUCCAACUGGGUCUGAGUGCCCGGACCGCUUGGCUAUGGACUUUGGUGGGGCUGGUGCCGCCCAGCAAGGGCUGACUGACAGCUGCCAGUCUGGAGGCAUCCCUACAGCCGUGCCAAACCUUGCACCUCGGGCCGCAGUUGCUGCCGCCGCUCCCAGGGCUGUGGCUCCAUAUAAGUACGCCUCCAACGUCCGCAGCCCACACCCUGCCAUCCAGCCGCUGCAGGCCCCCCAGCCUGCAGUCCACGUCCAGGGUCAGGAGCCCCUGACUGCCUCCAUGCUGGCUGCAGCGCCCCCCCAGGAGCAGAAGCAGAUGCUGGGGGAGCGUCUGUUCCCGCUUAUCCAAACAAUGCAUUCAAAUCUGGCUGGGAAAAUCACCGGGAUGCUGCUGGAAAUCGACAACUCUGAGCUGCUGCACAUGCUGGAGUCCCCCGAGUCCCUCCGCUCCAAGGUAGAUGAAGCCGUGGCAGUCCUGCAGGCUCAUCACGCCAAGAAAGAAGCUGCCCAGAAGGUGGGCACUGUUGCUGCUGCUACCUCUUAGACAAGAAAAAAAGAGUCAAAAGCCAAAUAACCCCUCAUGGCAUCCAGCUAAGGUCUGAAGACGUCCUAGUUUGUCUGUGGACCUCCACACCAAGAACCAAGUUGCAAAUUCAAUAGGUCAUUUUGUAUCAGAAGGUCAAUUAUGAAGCACCUAUAAUUUUUCAAUUAUAAGAAUAUAUUCUCUGGGUUCUGUUGUGACC